AAUAUAUUUGUUAAUGUCAUUUUUUUUAGCUUUUAAUUUCAUGCAUUUAUGACGUAAUCCUGGACAUCCAGUUAAUUUCCAGGUACUGAAACACCAAGGCUCUAUAUCAUGUACUGAACACAUUGUAUUAGAGUUUUUGUCACCGCGAUUUUCAUUGAAGUAGUUUGUUAUAUUUUGAAAUAUGGCUGAUGAAAUUGAAGCAUUAGUUAACCGUUUUGAGUCACUUAUGCGCCGUGUCGAGCUAGGGGUAACGAUCAAAGACGCAUUAACGCAUUCUGAUGGUGCUGCAACGUUUACAACGUUAUAUAAAGACGUGAUGGAAAUGCAGGAUUUGGUUUCCUUAAUGCGGGAAAGUGUAAACAAAACCAAAGUGGAUAUGGAACUUUUAAAGGAGAAUUAUGAAAGCAUGAAAUCCGUUGAGAAAAAUGUUGAUGGCAUGUUGUUGUUUGCGUUGAACAAUUCGGCUGUUUGUGUAAAACGUGAAAUACUGGACAAUAUUACCCCAGAAAACAAAGAAAAUUUAGCUCCGAGGAAAAAAACAAUAAUUCCGCAGUUGAAUCCUUUGACAUCGAAGGAGUUUGCCUCAGUUCCCAAAUACGUCCGAAGUCAUUUGUCAUUGGACCAAGUGUUGGCUGGCAUAGCUGAGGUGAAUCAUAUUCUUCAUGAAAAAUAUACGUUUCUUGCAAAACCAAGAAAAUUAUUGUCGGUUAAAGAAGAUAAAAGAAGAGCAGUUUAUCUUGAACAAGCCAAAGAAGUGAAAGUUUGUUUCCUCAGGAACAACUUAUUCCACAUUUUUCAUGGAUGAUGACAUAAAACGAUAUUCCAAAUCACUUAAAUUGAAACCUAAGACUAAAGACACCGUGUUUUUAAUUCUACGACACCUUGGUAGAUUGAAAGAAAUCCACAGAAGUAAAAUUACAAGAUAUUGUAUCCUCACUGCAUAAAACACCACUUAAAAUGAUUCUCUGUUAUAUAUGUGCAUAAUAAACUGUAAAACACAAUAAAA